UACUCACAGUUCAAACGACAAGUAGUAGUAAUACACACAGGAGAGCCAUUUUCGAUUUCGAUUUCAAUUUUCAAAAAAUUAAUUUAUUAGCAGCAAUGGACAAGUGCACGCCGGUGAGGAAGCCCCACACUUCGACGGCAGAUCUGCUCACGUGGUCCGAGAAUUCACCGGAAUAUUCCCCCGCCCCCGCUUCCUCCGCCCGCUCCUACCAGCCGUCGGAUGGAAUCAGCAAGGUGGUGUUUGGAGGUCAGGUUACCGAUGACGAAGUCGAGAGCUUGAAUAAAAGGAAACCUUGUUCGGGCUAUAAAAUGAAGGAAAUGACUGGCAGCGGUAUUUUCAAAGCAAAUGGAGAAAAUGGAGUGUCUCAAGAAGAGGACGAUGCAAACAAAACUGGAUUACGCAUGUACCAGCAAGCCUUGGGUGGAAUAAGCCACAUUUCUUUCGGUGAAGAAGACACAGUCCCUCACAAGAAGCCAUCCACGCUGCCUGAAGUUGCAAAACAACGGGAGUUGAGUGGAAAUCUCGAAAGCGAAUCCGAGGCAAGGUUGAACAAACAAAUUUCCGAUGCCAAGAACAAGGAGCUCAGUGGCCAGGAUAUUUUCGCCCCACCACCGGAAAUUCAGCCCCGCCCAUUGGCCGCUCGUGCUUUGGCACUGAGAGAAAGCAUCACCAUUGGAGAACCCACAUCAAAUAAUGCCAAUGGUGGUUUGGGUGAAGAAUCAUUGAUGAAGACGGCGAAAAAGAUUCCUAUCCAGAAAUUUUCGGAGCUUUCUGGGAAUGGUAUAUUUAAGACAGAAGGGCCGACUGCAUCUGCAGACAAGCCGCUGAGUUCGGCAAAGUUGAGGGAGAUGAGUGGCAGUAAUAUAUUUGCCGAUGGAAAAGCGGAAUCUCGGGAACAUUUUGGUGGGGUCCGUAAGCCACCUGGCGGUGAGAGCAGCAUCGCCCUCGUGUAACUCAUUAGAUCUGACUAAAACUUUUUACUUUUAAUCGAUGGAUUUGUGGGGUUUGGUUUGCUUUUUAGGUUUGAUUAACGUCAUCAAAAAUUUAUUUAUGGAGUGGUGAUUAUGAAAGUUGACUAUUAUAACUAAUCUUCUUUCUCUUUGCUUACUGAUUUCCUCUCGCUUUGUUUUUUCGUUGUAAGAAUUUGUUUUAGCUUGUGGAGUGUGGACGUGAAACGAGGAAUUAUUGUGUGUUAAAUAUUGUUUUUAGUAAAUUAAAUUCAGUA